CUCCCUUCCUUCCUCUUGCCCUGCCUCCUCUCUCCACCUCCGUCCCCGCCUCACCCACACCCAACCACUCCACCUUCGCAACCAGAGAGGGGAGAGUAGACUUGACUCACCCCGCUGUGGGUUGGAGACCGCCUCGCGCUCUUCGCCUCAUCCAGUCCUCCUCGCUCCUCCUCCCCUGCCGGGUGGCCGCGGCCUCGUCCUGGUGGUGCCGGUCGGGCUCGAUCGGCCGGCGCCGGGGCUUUUCUGUGGGAAGAUAUAUUGAAAAAUGGAAGCAUUGCGUGAUAUGCACCUGCCACCAGGAUUUGGAUUCCAUCCUUCGGAUACCGAACUUGUUUCUCACUAUCUGAAAAGGAAAAUACUUGGACAGAAAAUUGAAUAUGAUCUUAUACCAGAGGUGGAUAUAUACAAGCAUGAACCAUGGGAUUUACCUUCAAAGUGCAAUGUUCCAAUCGAGGAUAACAAGUGGCAUUUUUUUGCGUCUCGUGACAGAAAGUACCCUACUGGUUCUAGGUCAAACAGGGCAACAAUCGCUGGUUAUUGGAAAUCGACUGGGAAGGACCGAGCCAUAAAGCUGAACAAGAGGACUCUAGGAACAAAGAAAACUUUAGUUUUUCAUGAAGGUCGGCCUCCCUCUGGAAGACGUACGGAGUGGAUUAUGCAUGAGUACUACAUAGAUGAGAAUGAAUGUCAAGCCAGUCCUGAUAUGAAGGAUGCCUUUGUUCUCUGUCGUGUUACUAAAAGAAACGACUGGGCAUUAGAGAAUGACAAUGAGGUGGGCAACAGGAACCCUCAUCUACAACAACUAAAUGAUGCUGGUACAUCAGUUGUCAGUGCUGAAAAGCCAGAAGAUCCUGCUGCAUCGGCUAUCUGUGCUGAAGAACAGAAUCAUGUAGCUACACCAGUUGCCGGUGCUGAACUAUCAAAUGAUGUUGCAAUGAAAGCUUUCACUGCUGAUACUCCAGAUGAUGAUAAUGAACUGGAAGCAUGGCUGGAAGAACUGUUUGAUCCUUCAUUUAACCCUGUGGUGGAUACUGGUUCAACUGACCUGUCUCUGAAUGAACAACAUGCUGAAUCAUCGAAGUUUCAGAACACUGGUUCUGUGGCUCCAAAGAUGGAACCAGACCGUGCUAACCCUGUCCAGAAUGAGACAGAUGAUACAGACUACCUAUUGACUGAAGAUAUUCGUACUAUAUUGUAUCCUGGUGUUGAUAACUCCAAUAAUGGUAUAUUCCUGGAACCAGCUGACCAGGCAGGUAUUGCUUUUGCUACUGACCAGAUGUACUCCAUGAUGGGAAUGGAUCAUGUUACACUUCCAAACGACCAGGCAGGUAUUGCUUUUGCUACUGAACAGAUGUACUCCAUGAUCGGAAUGGAUCAUGUUACACUUCCAAACGACUUUGAGGAUGGAACUUGGACGGAAGAAUUGCAGUUACAUCAGGAAAAUAACAAGCUGAAUCUGUCAAAUGAAAAUGCUGAUACUGGAAUUAAAGUACGAAGGCGUAAUGCCACAGCAUCUGCUGCUAACAUGUCACCAUCAGUUAGCAGGAUUAAACUGCAGGUUGGAAUUAAAAGGAUGGUUACAAGUAACACUGAAUCUGUCAACCAGACUAUGAAGUUCGCAGAUAACAGUGGUCGUCUUGAUCUCAUGACUAAUGUUGAGCACCGGAAGAAACAUGAUGAAAAUGAUGCCACUUCUGUCAAGCAGUCUGAUGUAACCAAGGCAAGUGAAGACCACAGCAAUCAAGGAUAUUUCAGGGGCAUAAAAAAUGCAUUCAGAUAUUCAUCAGCUGGAUUCAACAUACUUUUCGCUGUUUGCAUGAUUGGACUUGCUGCCGUAGUACUGCAUGGGCACUCUCGCUCUGGUAUCAGCUUAUAACAGUGGAACAUCAGACAGCAGCAUGUUUAGUUUUAGCUGUACAGGUCAGUGGCUUCGGCUUAAGGGAAUAUAGAUCACUUCUGUUCGAAUCUUUCUCGAUGAGAUGGAAUACCAGUAUGUUGCUUGCAACGGGUAGUAGCAUCUGACUAUCUUCAUCUUUGCUGCAGUUCGUCUGCUUUACUUGCAUUGAACUGGAUGAGUAAUUGAAUUCCACGGCUUAUGUCUCUGGGGUUGUUGGCCUUCUGGAGAUACAUUGGUGCAGAACAUCGAUCCCCAUCUGUCUCCACCUUUUUUUUUUAUGGUCUGUACAUAUGAAGAUAUUUCUUUUUGAUCCACUAGCUACUACAAUGAAUGCUUGUCAAAAAGGAAAAAAAAAAGGAAAAGGAAAAAUGUAGCUUUGACUGUUACUGUUAUAUCCUUAGAUUUAUAGACCCAAAACAAUUAUUUCUCAAGCAUGACAUCAUAGUUGUUACAGUGGUGCGUAGCGAUCCAGCACCUUCACA